AUGGCGCCACCACAUCAAAAUCUGAACAACUUCUGCAGUCAGAUUGGAGAUGAUCGACCAAUCAGCUUCUGCCACUUCAGUCCGGACUCCAAAAUGCUGGCCACGGCGUCAUGGAGUGGCCUGUGUAAGCUGUGGUCCGUCCCUGACUGCACACUGAUCCGGACCCUCAGAGGACACAACACCAACGUAGGAGCCAUCGUCUUUCGCCCGCAGUCCGGAAUAUCUCUCGACCAAUCAGACGUCAACUUGGCCUCCUGUGCUGCUGAUGGGACGGUGAAGCUGUGGAACCUGGAGAGUGACGAGCCAGUGGCGGACAUCGAGGGUCACAGUGAUCGGGUGUCUCGGGUUUCCUGGCAUCCCUCCGGAAGAUUCCUGGGAACCACCUGCUACGACAACUCAUGGCGUCUGUGGGACCUGGAGGUUCAGGAGGAGAUCCUGCAUCAGGAAGGUCACAGCAAAGGAGUUCAUGACAUCAGCUUCCAUCCUGACGGCUCAUUGGCUGCUACAGGGGGGCUGGAUGCGUUCGGCAGGGUUUGGGACCUGAGGACGGGACGCUGCGUGGUUUUCCUCGAGGGACACCUGAAGGAGAUUUACAGCGUUCACUUCAGUCCAAACGGGUCAGUCCAACACAAAAACAGCCAAUCAGAGAGCAGCUAGCAGAGAUUAGCCAAUCAGAUGGAAGUUAUGG